AUGGCUCUUCCACAUGAUUCAAACGAAACUUCCUAUUUGCUACCUCCAAGCAAGGAGGACUGGGAAAGGCAAGCCAUUCCUGAUUUUGUUUAUGGGCAGAAGGAUCUCACGGCAGAAGGGGUUCAGUGGCCAAGGAAUGCACCUGGCACCCUGCAUGCUCUGCCUCAGUCUCCCUUCGAUGCUGCACUCUGCUCUGCCUGGAGGCAGCGGAUGGAGCUGGGGCUGUUUCGCUACCGCCUGAGGGAUCUACAGACCCAAAUCCUCCCUGGUGUUGUGGGUUUCGUGGCUCAGCUGAAUGUGGAGCGCAGUGUGCAGAGGAGGCGUCCGCAGCCCAUCAGGAGCGUGAGGCAGGCAUUUGACCCUGAGCAGUUCAACUUCAACAAGAUCCAGCCGGGAGAAGUCCUUUUCUGUUUGCGCCGGGAGCCUGAUCUCCCGGGGACGCUCCUGCAAGAAGACAUCCUCGUGGUGAUCAAUGUCAGCCCCCUGGAGUGGGGCCACGUGCUGCUGGUGCCUGAGCCUGCCCGGGGCCUCCCCCAGCGCCUGCUGCGGGGUGCACUGAGGAUGGGGGUUGAGGCUGUACUGCUGAGCUUACACCCAGGCUUCCGUGUCGGCUUCAACAGCCUGGGAGGCUUGGCUUCGGUGAACCACCUCCACCUGCAUGGCUAUUAUCUGGCCCACAGACUACCUGUGGAGCAUGCGCCAAGUGCGCCCCUGGACCGUGGAGGCCGUUUGCAUCUGCUCCAGGGCCUCCCCGCUCCCGGCUUCCUCUUUUACUCUCCCCAGCCAGGGCCUGACUUGGAGGCCUUGAUAAGUAGGGUAUGUCGGGCCACUGAUUAUCUCACUGACCAUGAGAUUGCACAUAACUUGUUUGUGACCCGGGGAGCUCCGCCAGGAAAGACAUCACCUUCCUCAGCCCUCACAGGGGUCCGAGUCAUUCUGUGGGCCCGGAAGUCCAGCUUUGGGAUAAAGGAAUGUGAGGCCUUCAAUGUUGCCCUCUGUGAGCUAGCUGGGCACCUCCCUGUCAAAACCUCCCAGGACUUCAGUAGCCUGACAGAGGCAGCAGCUGUGGCCCUCAUUCAGGACUGUCUGCUGCCCCCAGCCCAGGCAGAAGAGGUCCAGGCUGCACUGGUGGCCCUGAUGGCCCAGGAAGAGCAAUAAUACUUCUGGAUAUAUUUACGUUCUUUUUUUCUUUUCUUUUGAGACAGAGUCUCACUCCCUUGCCCAGGCUGGAGUGCAGUAGAACAAUCUCAGCUCAUUGCAACCUCUGCCUCUUGGGUUCAAGCGAUUCCCCUGCUUCGGCCUCCUGAAUAGCUUGAAUUACAGGCGCAUGCCACCACACCCAGCUAAUUUUUGUAUUUUUAGUAGAGAUGCAGUUUCACCAUGUUGGCCAGGCUGGUCUCAAACGCCUGACCUUGUGAUCUGCACCCCACCUCGGCCUCCCAAAAUUUUUUUGCUUUUUUUUUUAAAAUGACUAGGUGAUUUUGUAUUUUUUCAUAGAGAGAAGGUUUCGCCAUGUUGCCCAGGCUGGUCUUGAACUCUUGGGCUCACGCAGUCCUCCCACCUUGGCCUCCCAAAGUGCUGAGAUGACAGGAGUGAGCCCCUGCGCCUAGCCUGGAUGUAUUUCUUUUAUUUCUUUCUUUUUUUUUUUUUUGAGACGGAAUCUUGCUCUGUCACGCAGGCUGGAGUACAGUGGCACAAUCUCAGCUCACUGCAGCCUCCGCCUCCAGGGUUCAAGUGAUUCCUGCCUUAGCCUCCGAAGUAGCUGAGACUACAGGUGCCCACCACCACGCCCAGCUAAUUGUUUUGUAUUUUUAGUAGAGAAAGGGUUUCACCAUGUUGGCUAGGCUGGUCUCGAACUCCUGACCUCAGGUGAUCCACCCGCCUUGGCCUCCCAAAGUGCUGGGAUUACAGGAGUAAGCCACCACACCCAGCCUGGAUGUGUUCAUUCUCUACCUGAUAAGUCCCUUUCCAGAGCACUGCCCAUCAUGGUCAUUUGAGCAUUUAUUUUCAUGGCUGCCUUCUCACCUAUCUCAGCCUAAGAAGGAUAAAGAAAGCUGAGUCUCUUUAAAGGGGAAAAAGCCUGGAAUAAAUCUACUGAAUAAGGCUUCAUGGAUGUAUCUGCUGCCUCUCCCCAUUCUUGGUCAUGCCCCACGGGUAUUAAAAAAGGAGUUACACAGUCCUGACUUUA